GCGGGAGCGGCCCGGCAAAUCCUUAGGAGAAGAUGACCGUGUUCUUUAAAACACUUAGAAAUCAUUGGAAGAAAACGACGGCUGGGAUCUGCCUGCUGACAUGGGGAGGCCAUUGGCUGUAUGGAAAACACUGUGACAACCUGCUAAGGAGAGCAGCCUGUCAAGAAGCUCAGGUGUUUGGCAAUCAACUCAUUCCUCCCAAUGCACAAGUGAAGAAGGCGACGGUUUUUCUCAAUCCUGCAGCUUGCAGAGGCAAAGCAAGGACUCUAUUUGAAAAAAAUGCUGCCCCGAUUUUACACUUAUCUGGCAUGGAUGUGACUGUCGUUAAGACCGAUUAUGAGGGCCAAGCCAAGAAACUCCUGGAACUGAUGGAAAACACAGAUGUGAUCAUCGUUGCGGGAGGAGAUGGGACAUUGCAGGAGGUUAUUACUGGAGUUCUUCGAAGAGCAGAUGAGGCUUCCUUCAGUAAAAUUCCCAUUGGAUUUAUCCCACUGGGACAGACCAGUAGUUUGAGUCCUACCCUCUUUGCCGAAAGUGGAAACAAAGUCCAACAUAUUACAGAUGCUACACUUGCCAUUGUGAAAGGAGAGACUGUUCCACUUGAUGUCUUGCAGAUCAAGGGUGAAAAGGAACAGCCCGUGUUUGCAGUGACUGGCCUUCGAUGGGGAUCCUUCAGAGAUGCUGGCGUCAAAGUUAGCAAGUACUGGUAUCUUGGGCCUCUAAAAACCAAAGCAGCUCACUUCUUCAGCACUCUUAAGGAGUGGCCUCAGACACAUCAAGCGUCUAUCUCGUACACGGGACCUACGGAGAGACCUCCCAGGGCAGCAGACGAGACCCCUCCGCGGCCAUCUUUGUACAGGAGAAUAUUACGCAGGCUCGCGUCAUACUGGGCACAGCCGCAGGACGCCCUCUCCCAAGAGGCGAGCCCCGAGGUCUGGAAGGAAGUGCAGCUGUCCACCAUCGAACUGUCCAUCACGACGCGGAACAGUCAGCUUGACCUGACGAGCAAAGAAGACUUUAUGAACAUCUGCAUUGAACCCGACACUGUCAGCAAAGGAGACUUCAUAACUAUAGGAAGCAGAAAGGUGAGGGACCCCAAGCUGCGUGUGGCCGGCACCGAGUGUCUCCAGGCCAGCCAGUGCACUCUGCUGCUUCCUGAGGGAACGGGGGGCUCCUUCAGCAUCGACAGUGAGGAGUACGAGGCCAUGCCCGUGGAGGUGAAGCUGCUCCCCAGGAAGCUGCAGUUCUUCUGCGAUCCCAGGAAGAGGGGACAGCUGCUGCCCAGCGCGGCCCCGUGAGCCGUCGGGGGAGCCGGCCGCCCCCACGCUGCACUUCAGGCCUCGGAUGGGACCACAAGGGAACUGAAGCCUCCCCUGUCCCCGCAGUGUUGUCACAGGACCCCAGGGCACCUCCAUGGCAAGUACCCUGCCCUCGCAGUGCUCCCCCUGCCGUCCUCCGAGCCUCCCGCUAGCGCAUGCUCAGCCUUGGCUGUGCGCCUUGCUCCCUCCUCCGUGGUGGUUUGCCUCGGCUGCGACCCAGCCCGGAGAGAAGGCGCCCCCCCGCCCCCCCCCGCCUCUCCGCUGGGAAAGGGCCCGACCUCGGUCGUCCCCACACGUGCAGCCACCGUCGGGGCCUUCCCCCCGCCGCUGCUGUCCUUUUUCUUGGCUUCUCCAUGGGUGCUGCUACUUUCUGAGCUCAGAUUCAAAUUAAGCUUGUUUCAGUUCUUCCCUCAAUCCAAAAACAGGGGAGGUGUUUCCCUCUUCAGCCAAGGCUGAAAAACUGUAAAUGGCUAGUUUGUAUUAUUUUUUUAUAGCAGUGCUUAACUAUGGGUUUGCAUGAGAACCACCUGGGGGUGCAUGUUGAAAACUGACGGGCUUGGGGCCCACCCCAAUCCUGGUCACUCAGGCUGGGGCCCAGGAAUCUGCAUUUUUAAAAAGCAGGCACCCUCCCCCAGGUGCUUCUAUUCUAAGAGGUCCCCCAACCUCACCUGUUCAGCAUUGUAAAGCAUACCCCCCACUAUUAUGCUCAUGCACCCCCUAAAAGUAUUUCGAAAGAUCAUGUAUCCCCUCACUUUCCAGAUAACAACUUAAGAGUUGCCAAAGUAUGUGUUUCCUGGUGUCAUGUAAAUACUGUUUUAAAAUAAAACUGUUAUAUCACUCUUUUAAACAUAUUUGGUGCAAUUUAAAUGUACAGCAAUUUGACACGUAUCC